CUCCACGCCAUCAUCAAGGAGGUUCAGGAGUCCACGCCAUCGUCAAGGAGUUUCAGUACUCCACGCCAUCAUCAAGGAGGUUCAGGAGUCCACGCCAUCAUCACCACCACUGUCAGCCGCGAGACUGAGCGAAAACUCCAACGCUGGCUGUUUCCACCCACAAAAACAUGGCGCACCGUUUCCUGAUGAGCCCGUGGUGAAACUCGCGCCGCCCUGUCCCGCCCACAGCGCCCCCUUUCCGCCCGGACGGCCCACCACGCCCCGGUGCAUAUGAAAGGGUACCAUGUCAGCCGCAGCAUGUCCCAGCAUUCCUCUGGUGGUGGCGGAGGAGGCCCCUGUCAUUGCGCGCCUGAGGACUGCGACGGCCCAGGCAGAGACUACUAUCACGGGCACAGCGAUGGCCACUACUACCCUCCGGGAAGUGCGGCCGAGGCCUUGGCGCUGGAGAGACACCACUCCCACUCCCAUAGCCACUCCGGCGGGGGUACCUUCCCCCGCUCCCACCCGGGUCAUCACCCGCCGCUCCAGUCCUUUGACUCGUGCGAAGAGUGCGUGUCGUCGGGUCACGGAGGCAAGGUGCACCGCGUCCCUUCCAACCUGAUCGACCAGUUCGAGAAGCAGGUGCCCUUCCACCCGGAUGGCUUCCACACGCUGCAGUACCAGCGCACCACCAGCGGGGGCACCGAGCAGCGCAGCGAGAGCCCCUCGCGUAUCCGCCACUUGGUCAACUCCGUGCAGCGUCUCUUUGCUAAGUCCCAUUCCCUGGAGGCCCCGUCCAAACGGGAGUACAACGGCACAAGAGGAGGCGGGGACUACAGGAGCGAGAGGGGAGGCGGGCACAGGAGCGGCGGGGAGGACGGCAGCGGUCACCACACCGGCCACCAAUCACGUUCCGCUCGGAGGAACAAGUCCAGAGAGCGCAGCAAGAGCGGGGACUCGCGGCACGAGUCCGGCCGGCGACAUCGUAGCAGGACGGCGGGCUGGUGGAGCUCUGACGACAACCUGGAUAGCGACAGCAGCUUCCUGGUGAGCGGCGGCAGGCGGGGCUACCCCAGCGGCCACGAGAGCCUGGAUGCUGCCAUCCAGGAGCUCACCAUGAAGAGGCCCAAGGAGCGAGGAGGUGGACCGGCGCCCGGGGAGUGCAUGGCAUGCACCACCAUCGCUCUGGCGGGAAGUGAAGGAGGCGGACACCACGGUCACCCCGGUCACUCCCUGAAGAGGAGCACGUGGUCGGCCAUGACGGUCAGUCAAGCCAGGGAGGUGUACCCUUCCAGGGGGGUGGGAUCGGGCUAUGACAAAGCCCUGGUGCCCAUUGAGAACAAACUGAAGGAGAGAAGUCUCCAUUAUCUGCAGGUUCCUUCGGAGGACUGGGGAGGCGGAUAUGGCGGCGGCGCGGGCGAGAUUCCAUGCCGCCGCAUGCGCAGCGGCAGCUACAUCAAGGCCAUGGGCGACGACGACAGCGGCGACUCCGACAGCAGCCCCAAAGCCUCACCCAAGACCACCUUGGUCGCUCAGAGGGACGCCUUCAGACGAUCCGUCAGCAUGGAUCAAAGGUACUCGUGUAAGCAGUGUACAGACCCCUACCCUAACAGCCGAACCACACCCAAGACCCACGCCCGCUCCCGUAGUUACACCCGCUCGCUGACCAGCUCACAGCUGGGAGACACCCUGAAUCGACAGUUUGAUGCCGUUUGCGAGACCAUGUUCGGAGAGGUGGAGUCCCAAGCGGUCGAGGCCCUCGAUCUUCCGGGCGUGUUCCGCACCAGAAGCCAUAGCUACGUCCGAGCCAUCCAGGCCGGCUGUUCCCAAGACGACGACUGUCUCUCCGUUUUCUCGAUGUCGGGUCCGCAAGGAAGCAUCAAGGGCGGGGCUGUCUUUCCUUAUCGCAAAGGUGCUCCUCCCCCGCUGCCACCUCGCAUGUCCAAGUCGUCCCUGUCCGUGCGAGCCCAGAGCAGCACAGAGUCCACCCAGGACGCCUACUAUCAGAGCGGUGGACAAGUCGCCGCCGGCCACACGCGCCCCAAGCAGCACAGUAACUCCGUGGACCUGGGCUGCGCCGACGGACCGUCGGGACGCUCCUCCAGAGCGGGCUACUACACGGCCACGGGCCCCGGGCGUUCCCGGCAGCACAGUAACUCAGCGGAGAGCCUGGACGGGGGCAUGAGGGGGUCGCGGGAGCUGGUGCCCUACGGAGGAGGCCCUGGAGUCGGCGUGAGGGCCAAACACAGCAGCUCGGCUGACAGUUUGCUGGAGGGCCCGCCCAGGCCAGCCCGAGAGAGGGACGGGCGGGCGGUGGGCAGCCUGGGGAAGUCAGUGUCACUGCCGCAGAACAGCAUCGUCUUGAGUAAAGUCGGGGUGCAGGACGACGGAAGCGGCGGAAGGAAGUGGAGGCCAUCCAUCGCCGUGCAGGUGGACAGCUCAGAGACUCUGUCAGAUUCAGACGCAGAAAGCAAAGCUCUGACAGAAGUGCACUCUAUCGGAGUCCAGGUGGAAGACGAGAAAAAGCGAGCCCGUUUCAAGCGCUCCAACAGCGUGACGGCGAGUGUGCAGGCCGACCUGGACCCCGAGGGCUUCCCGGGACUCAGCGUUGCCGUGCCAACGCAGGACAAGAGCCUCCAGUUUGGCUGCUCCUUCCAAAGGCACUCGUCUGAGCCCGAGUCAGCCGGCCAGUACGCCGAGUGCCACCGCACCGUGCACACACAGGGACAGUGGGCCUACAGAGAGGACUUCAUCCAGAGCGGCUACACCGCAGACGAGUGUCCAGGCGACCCGCGCUCGCACCAGCACCUUCCCCCGCGCUCGCACUCCCCGCUGCCCCUCACCUCGGAGCGGGCGUGGGCGGGCACGCCCUCCUUGGAGGGCCCCCGCAGUCUCCCCGACUCGGGCCGAGCCUCCCCCUGCAUGAGAGACGGCGAGUUCUUCCUGCGCCUCCUGCAGACGGAGGUGGAGAGGAUGGAGGGCUGGUGCCAGAACAUGGAGAGGGAGGCGGAGCAGAAGGAACUCCCCGAGGAGAUUCUGGACCUGAUCCGCGGCGCAGUUGGCAGCGCCCAGAUGCUCAUGUCUCAGAAGGUCCAGCACUUCUUCCGCCUGUGCCAGCAAAGUGUGGACCCCUCUGCUUACCCCCAGCCCACCUCUCAGGACCUGGCAGGCUUGUGGGACCUCCUCCAGCUCAACAUCGAGGACGUCAGGGUCAAGUUUCAGGAUCUCCAGAGGCUCAAAGACUCUGGCUGGAAGCUCCUCCCUGAAAAGAAGGAGGAUAAGAAGCUUCCUCCCCCCUUACCAAAGAAGUCGGCGGGCGGGGUGAGCGGCAGCCUUAGGGCCGAUAGUGUCGCGGACGGCGGCGGGCUGGGAGGCCUGGUGGUGCCCCGUGUCGGGGGACACACCCUGCCUAUCAGGGAGAAGUCCCUGGACCUGGGGGACCGGCAGAGGACAGAGGCGAGGAGGAGGCUGCUGCAGACCAAGCGUACCGCCUCCUUCCGGCAGAAUUCGGCCACGGAGAGCGCAGACAGUAUCGAAAUCUACAUUCCCGAAGCCCAGACUCGACUCUGACUGAACCCCCCGAAUUUGGACCCCUCAGAGCAGCCGCAGGACAUGUGCACCUGAAACUCUGAUGUGCCUUCAGCACUGCGGUGGUACUGUACUUGAUGCUGUGUACCAACGCUGUUAUAUCUGAGCAAUUCCUGUGGAUUUCCCACCCUGCCACUCCUUUGUUUACAAGAAUAAUGUAAAUACACACCACAUAUACCGUACUGCAAUAUUAGGACUAUUAUUUGGGUGAGUCAUGCCAUUAAAAGGUGGGCCUCGUUAUUCUCUCACUCUUACAAUAUAAGUGUUGUCAUUUAGAGACGGGUAUUAAAAAAAAAAAACACUAGUCAGGGGUUUGAACUUGUGUACAGUAGCUAGUAGCGCUGCUAGGAUGGAGACAAAGACUCUGGGGACCAUGAUGGACAAAGAGAGUAAGGACGGACGGAGGAGUCAAACAUUUUUCUCUCAUUCUGAACGACAGACUCUCUAAAGUAGCAACAUCCCACAUGUCAUCUCCAUGACAACCAGACGGGUCUUUAUGCAUCUUUAAGCUCCACCUGUGUUCCACGCUGUGCCAUGUUGUACAUACAGGAAGCCUAUAGCAAUAGCAACGCCAUGAUUAUUAUUAUUAUUACUAUCAGGACAUGAAUGCCUCCCGCUGGUGAUGCAUGAGGAACACACUUUUGGAACACGCUUCAUCGUGUACAUACCACUUUGUUUUGUGGGGAUCUGCUGGUGACCGAGGGAAAGAUGGCACACUGUGACGUGGUUUACUCCCCUCCUCCAACACAGAAUGUAACACUGUUGUCAAAACAUUUUCUAAUGGCUCAUAUCAUGAUUAUUACUACUAUUAAUAUGAUUACUAUAAAGCUAUUU